AUCGUGAAAAAUUUCGCUCACUCGCAGGAUAUUAAAUCUUAUUGCCGAGACAUUCCUGGCGCUUUCCCUUAUCCAAUUAUUGCCGAUCCGGAUCGUUCUUUGGCAGUGAAGUUAGACAUGAUCGAUGAAGAUGGCAAAGAUGAUCCAGAACAAGCGUUAACUGUUCGCGCUUUGUACGUUAUAAGCCCCGAUCAUCGUUUACGUUUAUCCAUGCAUUAUCCAAUGUCCACUGGACGCAAUGUAGACCUGGUGAAAAAGUUAUGAUUCUUCCGACUGUGAAAGACGAAGAACUCCCUAAACUCUUCCCCAAGGGAGUGGACAAAGUAUCAAUGCCUUCUGGAAAGGUUUACGUCCGCACAACCACAAAUUAUUGAAUGUAUUCAUUAAUGAGUAAGAUGUAUUAUUUUAUAUUUUGCACUUUUGCAAACAAAAAAAAAAAAUUGUUCAAAUAAAGAGAUAAUUUUUGACAGUGUAAUGCACUUUGGACUGGAAUUUUUAUUAUCACAAUAUAAACCACGGGAGAACAAUUUUAUACGAAUUACGAAUUUUGUUACUUGUAUAUCUUUUUGCCACCUAACAUUUUAGCGAUUAAAAUGAGCCAUCACUUUUUAUAUCAUCUAAAUACAUAUUAGAAAGUA